AUCGGCCUGGGUGUGGUCUUGCAGUCAGGGGUACCGUUAGCAGGAAAUCAAGCUCCAGCCCAUUUCACUUUAAGGCGAAACAAAGAAAAAAAUACUCUCACAAGAGCAGGGUUGAAAUAGUUCUUCGGAGUCGAGCUAAAAGUAACGUUUGUGUCCUCCAGACAGGAAGGCGUUUGAUUGGCGCCGUUGUUCUGAUGGGAAAAAGUUUUCUUCUGGUCUCGCUAACUGCUCUGAUUUAAUAACUUUAAAUACAACCUGAACCGGACGUAAAGGAAAGGAAAGAUGCCGAAGACGAUUAGUGUGAGAGUCACCACAAUGGAUGCUGAACUGGAGUUCGCCAUUCAGCCAAACACAACAGGAAAGCAACUCUUUGACCAGGUUGUUAAGACCAUUGGCCUGCGGGAGGUUUGGUACUUUGGACUCCAAUACCAGGAUACUAAGGGUUUCUCUACAUGGCUCAAGCUCAAUAAGAAGGUGACAGCCCAGGAUGUGAGGAAGGAAAGCCCGCUGCUGUUUAAGUUUCGUGCCAAGUUCUUCCCUGAGGAUGUGUCUGAGGAGUUAAUCCAGGAUGCCACACAACGGCUGUUCUUCCUGCAAGUGAAGGAGGGAAUCUUAAAUGACGACAUCUACUGUCCUCCAGAGACCGCUGUCCUCCUGGCCUCCUACGCAGUGCAGGCCAAGUAUGCUGACUACAACAAGGAAGUCCACACACCAGGCUAUCUGUCUGGUGAACAGCUGCUCCCUCAGAGAGUUCUGGACCAGCAUAAACUCAACAAGGACCAGUGGGAGGAGAGGAUUCAAGUGUGGCACGAAGAACACAAGAGCAUGAUGAGAGAGGAAUCCAUGAUGGAGUAUCUGAAGAUCGCUCAAGACCUCGAGAUGUACGGAGUCAACUACUUCAACAUCAAGAAUAAGAAAGGAACAGAACUGUGGUUGGGAGUGGAUGCUUUGGGGCUCAACAUUUAUGAGCAAAAUGACAAAAUGACGCCCAAAAUCGGAUUUCCUUGGAGUGAAAUCAGGAACAUUUCCUUCAAUGACAAGAAGUUUGUCAUUAAACCAAUUGACAAGAAAGCACCUGACUUUGUAUUCUAUGCUCCGAGACUGCGCAUCAACAAGCGCAUUCUGGCUCUUUGCAUGGGCAACCACGAGCUGUACAUGCGCCGCCGCAAACCUGACACCAUUGAAGUGCAGCAGAUGAAGGCUCAGGCUCGGGAGGAGAAGAAUCACAAGAAGAUGGAGCGAGCUCUGCUGGAGAAUGAAAAGAGGAAAAGAGAAGUUGCAGAAAAGGAAAAGGAAAAGAUUGAAAAGGAAAAGGAGGAAUUAAUGGAGAGACUGAAGCAGAUUGAGGAGCAGACGAAAAAAGCCCAACAAGAGUUGGAGGAGCAAACACAAAGGGCUCUGGAGUUGGAGCAGGAGAGGAAGAGAGCUCAGGAGGAGGCUGAACGCCUGGAGGCUGAUCUGAGGGGAGCCGAGGAUGCCAAGAUGACUCUGCUGCAGCAGUCACAGAACCAGAUGAAGAACCAAGAACACCUGGCCACAGAGUUAGCUGAACUGACUUCCAAGAUUUCCCUCCUGGAGGAUGCCAAGAAGAAGAAGGAAGAAGAGGCAGUGCAGUGGCAACAAAAGGCUACCAUGGUGCAAGACGACCUGGAGAAGACCAAAGAAGAGCUUAAAAACAAAGUGAUGGCGGCUCACAUUCAGGAGCCCCUCAACGCAGAGAAUGAGCACGAUGAGAACGACGAGAGCAGCGCUGAGGCCAGCGCCGAGUUCACCUCUGCUGCCACGUACAAGGACCGCAGUGAAGAGGAGCGGAUGACCGAGGCAGAGAAGAACGAACGUUUGCAGAAACAUCUACUCGUUUUAAGCUCAGAGUUGGCCAAUGCUCGGGACGAGACCAAGAAAACAGUGAAUGACGUCAUCCAUGCAGAGAACAUGAAGGCAGGACGAGACAAGUACAAGACCCUCAGACAGAUCCGGUCAGGAAACACCAAACAGCGCAUUGAUGAGUUUGAAUGCAUGUGAUGUCUGCAUUCACCAAUUCAAAAGCUCAUACAGAUGAGCCAUUCUUGCCUGGACUGCAGUCCUGCCUCAUUCAAGCGGUUUCCUCUGUACCUAAACAAAUCAGAUCCACAGCAUCGCAUGGUUGCACAAGCACAGCACAAUGUUCAAAUAUGGAUCUGGAAAACUCCAUUGGUUAUCAUUCUUAACUUUGAAUUUAGGCAAGUCACUGGUUGAAAAGGGACAUACUGUAUUUUAUUAGUACAUUCCUCACAAGAGGUUUAUGUAGCAUAUUAGUACUGGACACGCCUAAUUUCAUGGCUCAUUGAGUAAGCAUUUCUAAUUUCUUUAUAUAUUUCUGUUACAUUUUUGUAUCAUGAUUACAAAAUAAAAGGCACACAGACCAAUCCAAAUUUCAAUUUGAAAACUGCCUGUAGACAUGUUUCAUAUGUACACAUGCAGCUGGUCUUCACAGCAAGUUUGAUUUUUUCGGACAGUAAUGUUGCUCCCAUAUUCUGUUGCCUGUAGUUUUAAAACCAAAUGCACUGUAAUCUGUCUGUGUGGAGCAUUCAUUUGAGCAGUAAUUUUUUUUUCUUUGCAAAUUUACAAAUUUAUUUACUUUACUUGACUGUAUUCAGAAUGUGACAACUGUUACAAAUCAUACAGUAUUUACACCCACUCACAAAGGUGAUAUUAAAGAUCAAUUUCAUGUAGAUUUUUUUGUCUGUUUUUACAUUUCUGAACACCUUCAAGUCAGAGUAACAAGUCAGAAGAACAUAGACAGAAUUAACUUGGAUAUGGCAUAACCUAAACUCCUAUCAUAUGUUUACCUUGUACAAUAUUUGAAACAAACUUUAUUCAAUAUGGUAGCCACAAUCAGACUCCCUGUCAUUUAAAAAAAACACAAACAUUUUUGUUAUAAUGCAACUGAUGCAACUCUGGUGUCUGAAAAUCCUUUUAAUCUCAAGCUAGAUGUUUUUUAGUCUGUGCUCACUGAAUAGGUUGUAAUGCUACCUGCAAAAUCAAAUAAAAAACAUGCAUUGCCUAUAUUUAUCUACACAGCCCACAUCUGUAGAAACCUUUAUUUGUCACUUUUCUUCUAAACUUGAUUCAUCAUUCAAUUAAAAAAAAACUGAUCAGACAUUUGAAAUUGAUUGUACUGUACCUUUAGGAGUUUUAUCCUGGUUUUAUUUCCCUGCUUUUUUUGCAUUGACAUAACCAGUACAGCAGAAGGAGUUCUUCUUAAAUGCUCAUGUGGGACAAGGAAACUUUUCACAAAAUCUUCACAGAAUUUGAUGCAUAAAUACAAUAAUUUCAUUAAACGUGCACUGGAAAAAACUUAGCUCACCUUUGCGAAAUAGACUUAACUGUCCUAGAUGGGCACAAUUCCCAAUGCAUGCAUUUUUUAUAUACUAUUAUGUAUUUAAUUACAUUUGUGUAUUUUGUAAUUUGGAUUUUCAGAUAGAUAAAAUUGUGGAAGGUGAAACAGACCACCUCUGAGGAUAUUUUUGUAUUAUAAAAUUUAGACGUACUAGUCAAAGAUAAUAGUUUUUGUUCAGAAAGCGCAGCAUUUUGAUAACAGUAUUUUGUUGUAAACUAAUUGAACAGCUCAUUGCUGUGAUAGUAAGCUGAUGGAACAAGCAACACCCUGUGGAUAGGACCAAUGCAAAGCCAGCUGCUACAGGAAAUUCUGUUCAUGGUAUAUUGCUAAAGGCAGGGAAUAUACCAUUAACCAGGAAAAACAUUUUUCAGAAAAAUUAACAUGAAGGUCUUCCUUGUGCCAUUGUCCAUUUUGGUAUUCAGUCGUGCAAAGGGUUUGGCUUGUUCUCAGAUAUUUAGUAACUAGCAUUUGAAAGAUUUUCACUAUUUUGCAAGUUCAAAGUGAAUGUAUUUUAGUGAUUAAUAUUUCUUUUUAGAUUUUGAUUCCUCUUAUUAAAUGAACAUUUGUCAUUUGUACCAAGAUGCAUUUUGAUAUACAGUACUCUUGCCCGUUGUUCUUGGAUCUGCUGUGAAAUAUAAAAAUGCAGUUGUUGCUAUUUUGGAUACCUUUCCAUGCCUUUGAUAAUAACGUUUAUAAUGCUGCAAUGUAUGUUCUAUCUGAAGAGCCAUGUAUUGACAGCCUUCUUUUAAGAAUCAAGUAUAAUUUUAACUCAUCAUGUGUGAAAAAGAAAUUAAAAGAUGCUACUCGGUAUUUUGUCUUAAAGCAAAAACGACGGAUAUAAUGAAUUAAAAGCAAAUUGACAGACAGUGCCUUUCCCAGGUUUUUCAUCAGAUCUUGCUGCUUCAAGUCUUCCUUUCACCAAGGAUAAAAAAUGAAUAAAAUUCAAAUUAAACUGUA